GAAAACUGAACAACUCGCUGUCAGUUUUAGGGAUGGAAUUGGUAGAGAAUUACAUGAGCAGUUGGUUGCACAGGACAAGCAAAAUAAGCACACUAGUUAUAUUUCAGGAUGUCGAAGCAAGUACCACCUUUGGAGAAUCCAGCUUAGUCAAUACUAUAAAAUUGCUUGCCUUUGAGAAGGCAGGCAGGAUGAGAGAGAGAACAGCAUCUCUUUUAUCAAAGAACAAGAAAGAUGAAAGAUGCAGACAGCAAGACCAGAUAAUAAAGAAAAGGAGACAGCAAAUUUAAUAGGACAAAAGUGAUUGAGAGAGAGACAGAGACAGAGGAAAGAAAGCAAGAGAAUGUCUAUAGUGUUUAGCCCCUGUAUUUGUGAAGAAAAACCACAGGUUUUAAGCCAAGUGUAAAAUUCAGUUACUUUAGUGGCUAGAAUGAAGACAGGGAUUAGACAUGAAAUCGUGGCUGAGGAACUGAGACUUGUUGCAGAAAAGAGGAAGAGGAAGGAACAGAAAAGGUAAAGGAAGAUGGUGAGGAAAGAGCAGAAGUGGAUAGGCAGGUCCCUGGUUUGACAUGUACUUACGGGCACGUGAAUCGGUGGUUUUGAACUUCAAUCCUUUUAUGGCUUUCAACCCUGACCCCAAAGCUGAAUAUAAUGACCAGCUUGUGAGAGCAACUAACAUGACUGUUUCUGCUUUGCGUUUCUUGAAGACUCUCAGGGCUGGCUUUUUAGAGCCAGAGGUUUUUCAUCUCAACCCAUCCAAAAGCGACACACAAGCUUUUAAAAGGUUUAUUCGGUUUGUGCCUUCCUCUCUAUCGUGGUUUGGUGCCUAUAUGGUGAAUGCCUACCCACUAGACAUGUCCCAGUAUUUCAGGCUUUUUAAUUCCACACGACUGCCUAAGCUCAGCAAGGAUGAGCUGUUUACAGAUGAAAGUAAGCGGCACUUAUUAGUGCUUAGAAAUGGAAACUUCUAUGUGUUCGAUGUUCUAGAUAGAGAUGGGAACAUAGUGGCGCCUUCAGAAAUUCAAGCACACCUAAAAUACAUCAUUUCUGAUAGCAGCCCAGUUCCAGCAUUCCCUCUUGCUUGCUUGACUAGUGAAAACAGGGAUACCUGGGCACUACUGAGACAAGAGCUACUUGAGAAUGGCAAUAAGGAAGCUUUAACAAAGGUGGAUUCCGCAAUCUUCUGCCUGUGCCUUGAUGACUUUCCAGUUAAAGAUCUCAACCACUUGUCCCAUACCAUGCUCCACGGUGAUGGAGUCAACAGGUGGUAUGACAAAUCCUUCAACCUUGUUUUAGCCAAAGACGGCACUGCAGCAAUUCACUUUGAGCACUCCUGGGGAGAUGGUGUAGCUGUACUGAGAUUCCAAAAUGAAGUGUUUAAAGACAGCACCCAGUCGCCUGCGAUUGCUCCUCCAUCUCAACCUGCUGCAGUUGAUUCUGCCGCAGCUGUACAGAAGCUGAGCUUUAAAUUGAACGAUGCCUUAAAAGAAGGAAUUACCAAGGCCAAACAGAAUUUUGACGCCACUGUGAAAACACUGACUCUGGAGGCCAUUCAGUUUGAAAAAGGAGGCAAGGAGUUCCUAAAAAGGCAGCAGCUGAGUCCUGAUGCUAUAACGCAACUUGCCUUCCAGGUGGCUUUUCUACGGCAAUAUGGCCAAACGGUUGCCACCUAUGAAUCUUGCAGCACAGCAGCAUUCAAACACGGUCGCACUGAAACCAUCCGUCCUGCCACAGUUCACACAAAAAAGUGUUCAGAGGCUUUAGUCAGGAAUCUGCCCAAGCACAGUGCCGCAGAACUGCAGCAGAUGAUUGUGGAGUGUUCCAAGUUCCACAACCAGCUCACAAAAGAAGCUGCUAUGGGUCAGGGAUUUGAUCGACACUUGUACGGCUUGCGAUAUCUGGCAGAAUCCAGAGGUAUCCCUCUACCAGACUUUUACCAGGACCAAGCUUAUGCCCAGAUUAAUCACAACAUUCUCUCCACAAGCACUCUGAGCAGUCCUGCUGUGAAUAUUGGUGGAUUUGCACCAGUGGUGCCUGAUGGUUUUGGUGUUGGAUAUGGAGUUCAUGACAACUGGAUUGGAUGCAAUGUUUCUGCCUACCCGGCUAGGAACGUGCAGGAAUUCCUCCAGUGUGUACACAAGUCACUAGAGGAUAUUUUCAGUGUUUUGGAAGGUAAACUUGGUAGCAAGUAAGACACAUCAGGGCUGGUCUUCUGAAUUUCAGUACAGCACCUAUGG